GCUUCUGCUAGGUACCACCGUCCACGCUACGUUGCUCCAUAUGAUAAUAAUAUAAUAUUCGUAAUAUUUAACUCAUGCCAAAAAUCUCACUGUAUUCACGCACACAGGCGCCGAUUCGAGCGCAACAGGACGGACUCUUUCCUCUCCUUCACCUCGCCUUCUUGCGCAAUGUCGUAUUCCCUUGGGAGCAUUUGUUAUCCUAUGGUAUUUAUUUACCUGAUUUAAACGUCCGCUCGCAGGCCUCGACUCCGCAGAUUCGUGUCAAUCCUGAUGAACACUGGCCAAAAUGCCAGGCAAAGUCAAAGUCAAGAUACUGGCAGGCCGAAACCUGCCUGUGAUGGAUCGUUCCAGCGAUACGACGGAUGCUUAUGUUGAGAUAAAAUUUGGGAACACAACCUACAAGACCGACGUGUGCCGGAAAUCUUUGAACCCUCAAUGGAACUCUGAAUGGUACAGGUUCGAGGUGGACGAGGCUGAGCUGCAGGAUGAACCUCUACAAAUCAGGCUCAUGGACCACGACACGUAUUCCGCCAAUGACGCCAUCGGCAAGGUCUACCUUGAUUUGAACCCGCUAUUACUGCCUGGCACUCCUCUUCCGGUCAAGAAUAUGUGGACUCUUGAGGCGUCAAUGAGCUCCAGCUCCAGCACUCAGGGAGAUCCCAUACCCACAGGCUCCGUAAUGAAUGGCUGGAUACCGGUCUACGAUACCAUGCAUGGAAUACGUGGCGAAGUGAAUAUCAUCGUGAAAGUGGAAUUGUUUUCCGACUUCAAUAAGUUCAGGCAAUCUUCUUGCGGGGUUCAAUUCUUCUGCUCACCGAUUAUUCCGCACGGGUACCAUGCUCAAAUUAUACAUGGCUUUGUGGAAGAGCUCGUCGUCAAUGAUGAUCCCGAGUACAAAUGGAUCGACAAGAUACGAACUCCUAGAGCUUCGAAUGAGGCUCGACAAACACUGUUUUUCAAACUGAGCGGAGAAGUUCAAAGAAAAAUUGGACUCAAGGCGUUAGAUCUUGGUGGCAAUGCCGUUAUCGGGUAUCAUCAAUGCUUUGAUUUGGAAGGUGAAUCCGGAAUCGUAGCGAGAGGUAUUGGAACUGCUGUUACUCUUGUCAAAAUGCACGAUUCAUCCAGUGUGCCAGCUGAAAAUUUGACCUCCGAAGAGCUUGCGUUGCUUGGCUUACCCCGCAAAGCGAGUUUCGAAUGCCUAGAAUUAGACGAGAGUGUACCCUUGCUUUCUCACUCCCCCGACCGUAGCCAAGCCGCGUCAUUAUCAAGCCUGCAAACGACUAAAGUAAGCAGCAAGUUUCCGGGAUAUGGAAAAACUCUGAAGAAGCGUUCGAAACCGUUGAUCGUCGUGCCUAGCUACAGAUCUGCCGGAUCCAGCGGUAAAAUGCUCAGGAAUUUGUCUCAGCAGUCGAGUUUCAACAAUCUCCGUCGGAGUUUUGACUCGAACAUAUCUCUGCCCGAGGACACCGAUGAAUUGUCCCUCAGGUCGAUCCUUGCCCAGGAAGAUAUGAGGGGCGAGAUAGCGGGCAACAGGUUUUCCAGAGGAUUAAAGAACCUCCGAUAUCUGCCGCAGAGCAUGCUAUCAAAAAGGGUGAGUCAACUCAGAGCGAGGUUUUCCGACUCCUUUGACGAGGAUCAGAGCGACCUGGACAGCACCUUCUCGAGCACCUGGUCCGUCAGCUCAGAGUCCGUCAGAUCCUCGAUAUCCGACCUCUACUCACUUGGCAGAAAUAAGAAGAGCAGCUCGAAGCGGAACUCGAGUGACGGAAUGGCCGCACUCCUCAUCAGGUCGGUGCACGCCGGACUCGCCCUCGACAGCGUGAAGGAGGACCACGAAAGUCCCGCACCAUCGCCGAUCAGGAUUGCCUGCGAGGAGUUCGAGGCCCGGAUGGCCGAGUCGGAAGCCGGGACGAAGUCGAGCGAUCGGAAGGAGAAGAUUGCGGAGACGGAGACGGAAGCGAAUGCGGACUUGACGUCUCGGAAGAGCUCCGAAAAAUUCACCAAGAGCUCGACGCCAAAGCGUCGCCUUCGGGAGGAAGAAGACGUGUCUUCCGACGAAUCCGACACCGAGAGCUCGGAGGACGAGCCCUCGGAGUCAAGCACGAACUAUAACAUCCUUGACGAUUCUCUGACCCACGGAGAGCCUGGAUCACCUCCAACAGGGGACGGAAAAAUCACGUCAAUCGGGUCGAAGCUGGAGGUAAAAGAGAAGGAAUCGCAUAGCUACUUCGAUCACGACGCGGGCAUCUUCACUGCCCUUCCAACCGGAGAGAAGAAAAACCCUUCCGUAUCCAGCGAGCCGAUGUCCUCCAGCACCGAAAGUCGGGGCUCGGAUAUUUGGUUCGAGAAACGUAAUUCCAUCGAGGAAGCUGAGCUCAUACCUCGCAGGGCAGCCUCCCCAUCUUUUUUGCCGCAAAAUUAUGAGGAGAUCCAGACUCAGAGACCGAUUCGCAACGACUCCUAUUCGAGUCGCGACGAGAAUCUCGAUGCCGCAGCAGAGGCAGCGGCGAACGACGGUGACACGAUCGCCAUCACCUCCAGCAUGACUGCCAAAGAAACGGAGUUCCUCGACAGACAGGAGCGCUUCGACAACCCUGAAGAUUCGAAACCCGCCGCUGCGAGCACGCCGACGGAGGAUCAGAGUUGCGAAAUAUUUUUCCCGGAUAUGGACCCUUGGGUGGAUGCAAAGACGGUCAGUCUGCAGAGAUCGGCGAGUCUGAACGAGAGAGCGAUCCGCAGAUUCGUUACCCCCGGCAGAAUAAGUUUGAAAAAAAAAUCAGAGUCGUUCAAAGCCGAGACGAAGAGAAAACUGAGUAUUUUCAAAACCUUAAAUAUAUCUCCGGGUGGUAAGCACGCCGCGGAUAGUAAGAUCAUUACCAAAGAAGGGGUGGAAAAAGUUUUGUCGAAAAAUCACGAGGAAGCUGCGAGAAAGGCGGAAAAGAAUUUGAAAAAAGUCGAAAGGAACGAGACAGUCAUAUACCGAGGGUCUCCAAGAGGAAGAGAGAAGCCCGAGCCUCUGCAGAAGAUUAAGCCCGUUGCAAUCGUGAUUGAUUCAACCUUGGAAGAGGAUCGCAGCCAUCUUUCGGUCCCCCUGCUCAAGGUUACGGAAGUGAACACCAAGAGCAACUUUGGUAGCGAGGAGGGUGUCGUCAAGCCGAAAGAGCUGUGCGAUCAGCGGCGGGAAAUGGCGAGGAGUGCGGAGGAAUUGGCGCGGGCGGACAGACUGCGGAGCAAGCAAAAACGACAGUGCAUGCUGGAGCUGAUCAAGAUCAUCGACACCAAAAUGCUCGUGCAUUCUAUGCGCGAUCGGCACAGAAACGAUUCGUCCCGUAGUCGAAAGCACAGGCGAGAGAAGGUCGCCGCUAGUGUGACUCCCUCGCCCGAUUCUAUCCGGAAGCAUCGGCACCGCAGGAGAACGUCGAGGUCAAAGUCUCCGGAAGACUCGUCCAUCCAGAGUUACGGGACCGGCUCGUCUCUGGCGCGACAAAACUAUUCAUCGGCAUCCUCGAUCGGUUCUCGGCACGCGCUUUUCACCCCUCAGUCUAUCGGCGGGGGGGACGAGGCGGGUGGUUCGAGGGCCGGUUUCACCGUGAACCGGGAAAAACAAGGAAUCCACUCUGCAGGGGGUCCGGAAACUCUUGAGAAAACCGAGGGAUGUUUGAUCGCGAUCGCACCGCCGAUCGUCGAGCUCGAAGCCGAGACCGAAGCGGAUGACGAUGAUCGAAAAGACGCGGUGAAGACGCUGCAGGCGACUGUUUCGACGCCCCGAAUUGACCUUCCCCAAAAUCCUGGCGAUAGUAAAUUAGUUGAAGUAGAAUUGAGCGAGCUUAGCUUUGGGUCAGGAUUAGAACGUCUCACUAACGCUGGUAGUAAUCUUUUAACGCCGGAGAAACUUACCAUCGUAUCGGUGGUGCGCAAAAGUCACAGCGAGUGCAAUUUGAGAGAGGCGCAAGAGGGCGUUGGUAUAACUAACAAUACUAAUACUGCUAAUACUACUGACAACUCGUGUGUGCCUUGCUAUCCCGAUCCUCGUAGGCAGCAACCGGAUGUCGCACCACCGCCGGGUAACCCGAGCCCUGCACCGCCAUCGACGCCGACCCCCGCAGGCGCGGGCAACAGAAUAUCCAAGUCGCCGGUAACUAAGGCCAAUUCGGCCGUUCCGAUACACCGGAGAUCCAGCGACUCUGAUCUCAGUAUUACUCCGAAAGGAUAUUAUCGUAAACGUAACUCGCUAACCGGAAGCGACAGGUCCUCUAUGGGGGGUUAUUUGAGACCCGUGACUGCGGUGGUCAGACCGAUGAACCAGGAAGCACUUGACAUGCUAGAAUACCCCUUCAUUACCAUGCAGCAAUAUCCGCCCGGCUUUAUACUGCACUUAGGCGGCACUGUCAGCGCGAGGUCCGUAAAGCUUCUCGAGAGAAUAAGCAACCUCGAAGAACCAGAGAGCCGCGAUGCUUGGUGGACUGAGAUUCGUAUGGAAGUUCGCUCGCACGCGAGGGCCUUAGCUUGCAAUGUGGUCUUGGGAUAUCGCGAGGAAACCAGCAUAUGCGACGACGUCUGCGUCUUGAGUGCCGCUGGGACGGCUGCUGUAAUAAACCUCCAGAAUACAAGCCAGGAACCUGAUAACCCGUUGAUUAGUCGAAUUCAUCAGCGUGAAAUCACGACCACAUCCUUGGACAGGACAGACUUUGAGCGGGAGAAGGGUCAGCAAAAAGCUCAGCCAGCCAGCACGACGAAGAGCGAGAAAGGCGACAAAAGUGACAGUGACAAGGGCGAGGGAAAAAAUGAUCAGACCGAAGAAACCGCCGCCCGAGACGUCAACGGCGUUCAGGAUUCAAAGACGAGGCAGCCUGACGUUACGGAGCAAAUAUCGUCCCACUCUAUUCCGCUUCCUCCGAGCUCGUGCAGCGUAUGUCACUUGCCAUACAGCGAGAGCAGCGUACCUUUCAGGGUCAAGGUUCUGAAGUGCGCGAUUUGUCGUCGCGGCAAAGUCCCAGAUAUUCUCUUCACCACCAUCGAGUUGCCGGAAAGUAUUCCGAUAACCGGAAGAGGCUGCGUUGUCCAGGCGACGGUGUGCAGACCCAAGAGGGACCUCAGGGGCGAACUGAACGCCAAGGAGAUUUCCGACGGUCUCCCGUUCCUCGAGUACGAGCUCCACAGCCUCUUGCUCAACAAAAUAAAGGUGAGGAGCAUGAACGCUCUGUUCGGACUUAGAGUCCAAGUCUCCAUAGGAGAGAGACUCCUGAUCGGGAUGGCGACGGGGACCGCCGUCUACUUGGCGCCUCUCCCAACCCCAGCGGUGCCCAAGGUCACUGCUGGAAACUCUUGGAGCGACGAGCAAAAGCUCGCGGACAUACAGAAGUCUCUCAUCGAAACUGUAAAGAAGAACCGGGAGUUCUAUCAACUGAAGUCCUUGACGGAUAUGGAAAACGGCCGAGUAACAACGUCCGACACAGACGAGUCGGAGGAUGAGAUGCCGGAAAUCGACUUGGGGGCGGGUAACAAGGACGCCUGCGUUCUCGAGGUUGACGACAUGGAAGAAGUCGACAAGAUAUCAAUGCUGAUGGAGAACAGGCCGCCGGACGGUUUUCACGUCGUUAAUACGCAGACUAUACCCGGACUCGAAGACCUCGAGAUAGUUAGGAACCUGCAGAUGUUCACCCAGCUAUGGCGCGCCAAGAUACCUGUCGGACAACCGGCCUCGGUAUCCACCAAAUACUUUGGAAGAUUGUUGCAGAGCGUUUACUUCAAGCUGAGAAAAAUGGUGCCUUGUGCUCUUUGCGACCUUCAAUUCAAGGUCGAGCUCCCGGAGCCGGACGAAAUUCAACUCUCCGUAGUUGGAAUGGCUCUUGGAUUGGGUGAGCCGACCAAGUUGAACAAGUACAAAAGAAAAGUUCUGCCGCACUCGAUGAGCAGAGAUCAGGUGAAGAAAACAGACGAAAACGAUCUGAUAUUCAGCCUCGACGAGGACCACGUUGUGCCGGAGAACGCGGUAGCUUCCGGAGCACCGAACACCUCGAGCCUACAUUCGCUGGGACAAUCCGGAAGUCUGAUCCAGAGACAGAGACCUCGGUCACCCCUGAGAACGAGAGUGCAUACAUUGCACAAGCACAAACAUAUGCCGUUGAAGGAGAGAUACGGCGUCGACAUAACGCCGCUGUCCUACAUGCCCGGUGGAAGGAUUGAAAGGUAUCUCGGGAACUUGAACUUCUUCUUCAUUCGCGAGAGCACAGCGAUUCGAGAAGGUGGUGGGCUCAGCGGAUUCGUUCACAGUUUCGUCACGGAGGUGCUCGCCAUAGUUAGGGCCCACGUUACGGCACUCGGUGGAAAUGCGAUGGUCGCCUACUUCAUGACGCAAUUGGUCCUUUGCCAUAGUCCCCACAAAAAUCAGGGUCAAUGCCUGAUCAACGUCGGCGGGGACGUCGUUUCCGUCUCUUACUUCGCGGACGACAGGCACGUCGGGAACUUGGCGGGCUGACAUCAGCUUCCAUCCUCGGCGCCGUCCUAGCCGAACGGGCACCGUGGCCUUUUCUCGACCCUGAAGGCCGUCGUCGCCUCCGAUUUUCCCGAGAUCCUGGAGGCGUUGACCGAGGAUUAGACGUCCACCGGUACUAGCCGAGACGGGGAGGCCACCCUUCGGAACACCUUCGGGACACCUUCGACAGGCGUGUCGACCAUGUUGUGAUCCACGGUGCUUGUGAGGUUCGAAACCCAAUGAGAUCUUCCUCGGAAUUGGAAUUCUCCAUACUUUCGUUCAGUUAACUUCCCUUUCUCUCAAUUUCGCCAUCCGAAU